CUCCUCCGCACACCCCCACAUUCUCCACACUUUUCAUAAUGCGUGUGUUGACUAUCCUUCCUCUGAUUGCUGCGGUCCUGGCCCACAAGGAGGCCACAACCACGGAAGAGAAGGCGGUGGAAAAGGCGCUCCGGGAUGCAGCGUACCUCUGCGCACCCGCUGUUGGCGACUUCACUGCCGCCCGCAAGCGUGCCUUCGCGCAAAAGGCUCUGGGCUCCGCCGGGCAGCCGAGCCUAGCAGAUUACGACGAGUUGUUCGCGCAGGAGACGCUACAGAUCGGUGGGCCAGACAAGGAGUUCCUGAGCUGUCAGACAGUGCAGGACACACAUAUUGAGAACAACACCUGCGUUCUCGCUCCGGAAGUUACUGAGGGACCAUACUACCACACCCAGGGCCAUCCCAUCCGCCAGAAUAUUGCUGAGAACCAGGAUGGGCUCCUGCUCUUACUCGAUAUCGGUGUGAUCGACGUCGAGACGUGCAAGCCUGUCCCGAACGUUCUGGUCGACAUCUGGCUGGCUAAUGCCACCGGCCACUACGCAGGGCACCCCGAUCCUGCACCCCAUCUCGUCGACGAGCAGCCUCAGAUCGGCGGAAGCCGCAGUGGUCUGCUCAGUGCGUUCCCACGGACCCAGCCGAAGGAAACCUGGCUUCGCGGGGCGUGGGCCACGGACCGUAACGGCGUUGCCCAAUUCACAUCGAUCUACCCCGGCUACUACACCGGCCGCGCCACCCACAUCCACACGAAGGUGUUCCCGGAGUGGGAAGUGAUCCCUGAGAACAACACGUUCGCAUCGGGUCGCCUGGCGCAUGUCGGACAGUUCUUUUUCGAGGAUGACGUCAACAUGGUCGUUGAUAAGAUGCAUCCCUACUCCGAGAACCCCAUCCGCCACACCCGUGGCCGCACGCGGAACUGGCGCGACUCGCUGAACAUCUUCGACGACUCGCACAAGAACGGCUACAACCCUGUCUUCAAGACACAUUUCCUCGGCGGUGUCGUUUCGCAGGGUCUGGUGGCUUACAUCACCAUGGGCGUCAACAUGAGCGCGUCGUAUGAUAACUUCUGGAAGGGUUAAGCGGCCGCGUAGUAUGUCAUGUGGCCGUGUUUGAGUAAGACGUAAUGAUCUACCAAGCUGCUGUACUGGUGUAACACAUGAAAUGAUGAGAGAGAGACGAUUCAGCAUGUA